AUGCACUUCCCACUGCCAAAGUCCAUCCACGGGCAGAUCGCGCAAGUGUAUUCCCAAACCAGCAAUCCGGCUGCAACCUCGCUCCUCACCAUCCCGGCCGAAAUCCGCAACCAGAUCUACGAAUACGUACUGGUCGACGAUAGGCCUAUUGUGAUUGUGGACAACGCAGAUGACUCGGUAAUCAAAACCAGCAGCUUCUCAGGAAGCCCUGCCAUCAUUCAGACUUGCCGCCAGAUCUAUCAUGAGGCAAUCGGCGUUUUAUAUGGUCAAAAUGUCUUCCGAUUUGACUACAGGAUACUGCAUCUUCAACACGGGAAGAUCCUCACUCCGAUAGACGCAUAUCGGAAAUGGACGCGAGAUAUCGGAUCGAGUCUCUCAAACCUGCGUACUGUUACCAUCCGUAUGGACAUGCCAGAUAUACCAGAUGAUUAUGACGAUCUUGAUUUCUGGGACCACUUUUACCGGUGCUCUCUGAACAACAUCAAGAUCACGCCGUUGCUCGACGUCUUCUGGGGUGGAGUCGCAUGCGAUCUGUCCGUUCGUUUCGAGAGUAUUAGGAAUCGCAAUCAUGCCUUUUCCUCCUCUUACCCUUCCCGGUUUAACGUCAAGCUUCUCACCAAAGUCAUAUAUGAGCUGGGAACUAUGGACAAGCUGAGGUUGAUGAAAGCACGCCGUUUAAUAAGCGACGUCGAAGUGGCUCCGCACGGCAAGCAAGGAUUCAUCGAGUUUCGAUCGAGUAAUGGUACGGCCGUUGUCAGACGGGGAUUCCAGUUCUCGAAGGACACCCAGAGAUACGCACUUAAGCCGAGCCAUCCUAAACUUCUCGAUCUGCCUUCCAAGAUCUUGAAACGCAUUGCUAGGUCUGUGUACAGUGACCAUGAGGUCACAUACGACUUCAACACGGGUAUCUCGCAUGGGCUCGGUUUCAGUAUGCUCGACAUCAACUCCCACCUCCCAUCUCAGGUAUAUAAAAUUGCGCCAACUAUCGUUCUACGAUUCCUGACGGACAAGCCGCUAAGCCAAGCGAAAGUUCGCAUCAACGCAAGGGAUCUGCUGCGGGCUACCUCCGUCUUCCCAGCCUAUACUACGAUCAUCGUUCGCGUAUGCGGCCUUGGUGAGACCCAAGACUAUACUACAACACUGUGCGAGAUCCGGAAGCAUGUCUUGGUUCUGAUGGAGGACUCAUUGAGUUUCGUGCUGGCGGCUCACGAUCUUAUGGUAGAGAUCGAGCUCAACCAGGACUGUCUCCCCGUGCGGAUCACCUCCUGGGGCAAACUAGGGUUCCUUAGUGAUGUUCGGAAUUACGACAAGACGGUGGAAACAGUGGACAUUGCCUGGCUGCAAGAGAUGGUGAGGGCGAGGACGUGGGCACCAGAGAGGCACAUGAAUGGGUUUUUGUGCUACGUCAUGCCAGAAGGCUGGGAUAGCGAGACGCGAUACAGCCUGAUCAAGUGUCUCAAGAACCUUUGUUCGUAA